AUUAUUGCAAGUCAAACACGUAUAAAGCCGGGCUCGCAAGGGUCUGCGUUGCAUUGCAAUCCCGCUCUUCUUCCAGCUUGCAGAACAAUGGCUCGUGGCAACGUCGUGGCUCUUCUCGUAGUGGCAGCCUGUCUCGUGGCAGCUGUGACGACUAGCGCCUUCAACCGGUUCGGAGGCUAUGGACAAGGCUUUGGUCAAGGUUUCGGAGCAGUCAAUCCCGGCAACUUCAACCCAGCUUUCUUCCCCAACCUCGUGGGCGGUCACAACUUCUACAACUAUCAGCCUGUUAGUAAUUACCAAGGCUGUACUUACUGGUGCAGGAGCCUACACCCUUCACGUUUCUAUUACUGCUGCACCACAGGCUACGAGGGAUAGAGCGGCCGAGGCAGCAGCAGGAGAAGGGUGUGUUUCCCUUGUUGACUUGAGAUGUCGCCCAUUGGACAUGAUGAAUAAAGAGUGAAAAUUA